CAGGUAGAUAUUAUUGAAUAAAUGAUUUUUUUUUUAAGUUUACUUUUGUACUCCAUUCCAAAUAGGCGCAGUCCACACACCCUUCCUGUACAGGAAUUCUGAGCAGGUAGCACUCGGGCCCGGGAAGAGCCACUCUUCACUCCCGCCCUGGGUUGGGCCACACCUGCAUCCUGGGACUGCAUCCUUAUUGGCUGGGCAGCCUCCAUUGUGAGGUAGCUCUGGCCUCCUCCUCGCAGAGGUAGACGGGCACGGAGCCUGGCCCCACAUCCAGGCACCAGGACCUGCAGUCCAAUGGUGCCUUCCUCCUCCCAGGCACACUGUUCACUUUGCCCUAUAGCGUUAAGGGCUGAACUGGGAGGGACCGGAAGCCCAGAGGAGUCCUGGCGUGUGGCCGACCGAUCGUGAAGGGCACUGAGGGUCAUGCCGAGAUGAGACUCUCAUAAGUGCCCCCAAAGCCAGGUGAGGCCCAGUCAACAUCAGCUUCUCCUACCACCAGCGCUCCACUGAUCCGCACACUUGGGCGUCAGUCUGGGUCAGGCACCCUCGGGAAACGGGAACCAGUGUCUUGGGCCUGCAGCCCUGGUUUCUCUGGAGAAAAACCCAUGGGAGGCUGGUUCAAGGCUGUUACAGGCCUUUCCCCUGAGCUGCCACCCCCGUCCCACCUUGUUGAAGAUGUCACUGCUUGGAAGGGACUUCCACAGCUCCUUGGAUGAUGGGUCCAAGUCACUUUUGGAGAGGAACAGCAAUGUCACUGCAGAGAACGUCCACCCUGCUGAGGAAGCCAGCGGCUUAUCGAGAAUGCAAACUUUGAUCCAUUUACUGAAAUGCAACAUUGGCACAGGACUCCUGGGGCUUCCCCUGGCCAUGAAAAAUGCCGGCUUAUUGGUGGGUCCCAUCAGCCUGCUGGGCAUUGGGGUCCUCACCGUGCACUGCAUGGUCAUCCUGUUGAACUGCGCCCAUCACCUCAGUCAGAGAUGGCAAAAGACUUUUGUGAACUAUGGAGAGGCCAUGAUGUACAGCCUAGAAACCUGCCCAAACGCCUGGCUGAGGACCCACUCGGCGUGGGGCAGGUACACUGUCAGCUUCUUACUAAUCACCACCCAACUGGGAUUCUGCAGUGUUUAUUUUAUGUUUAUGGCAGACAAUUUACAACAGAUGGUUGAAGAAGCCCACAUGACGUCCAACAACUGCCAACCCAGGAAGUUCCUGGUGCUGGCCCCGAUCCUGGACAUCCGCUUCUACAUGCUGACAAUCCUGCCCUUCCUGAUGCUGUUGGUGUUUAUCCAGAACCUCAAGCUGCUGUCCAUCUUCUCAUCGCUGGCCAACAUCACCAUGCUGGGGAGCAUGGCUCUGAUCUUUGAGUAUAUCGUUCAGGAGAUUCCAGAUCCCAGCAACCUCCCCUUGAUGGCAAGCUGGAAGACCUUCCUGCUGUUCUUUGGUACAGCCAUCUUCACAUUUGAAGGUGUUGGUAUGGUCUUGCCUCUCAAAAAUCAGAUGAGGGAUCCACAGCAGUUUCCUUUUGUUCUGUACUUGGGGAUGUCCCUUGUCAUCACCCUCUACAUCUGCCUGGGGACACUGGGCUACAUGAAGUUUGGGUCAAGCACCCAAGCCAGCAUCACCCUCAACUUGCCCAACUGCUGGCCGUACCAGUCGGUCAAGCUGCUCUACUCCAUUGGCAUCUUCUUCACCUACGCCCUCCAGUUCCACGUCCCGGCCGACAUCAUCCUCCCCUUCGCCGUCUCCCAGGUGUCAGAGAGGUGGACGCUGUUUGUAGACCUGUCUGUCCGCAUAGCCUUGGUCUGUCUGACCUGUGUCUCAGCCAUCCUCAUCCCCCGCCUAGACCUGGUCAUCUCCUUUGUGGGCUCCGUGAGCAGCAGCGCCCUGGCCCUCAUCAUCCCGCCCCUCCUGGAGCUCAUCACCUUUUAUCCUGAAGACAUGAGCUGUGCCACCAUUGCAAAGGACAUCAUGAUCAGCAUCCUGGGCCUUUUGGGUUGUGUAUUCGGGACAUACCAAGCCCUCUAUGAGUUGAUCCAACCCAUCGGCCAUUCCGUAGCCAACGCCACAGGAGAAAUGGACCUGACACAAGUCAGUACUCAUACCCCUCAGGGUAUGCCUUUUUUGGUUUGGGAUUGCUUUGGAGGUCUUUUGUACCUAUGAACCAAACCCUCAUCCGACUGUUUGUACCAUCAGCCUCAUUUACUGGGAAAAGGAAUGCCAUUCACUCAUGACAUUCCUGGAAACAGACAAAGCAUAGAUGGAAACGCAAAAGCAAUUGUUUUCUCUAAUCUGCAGUUGCUGCCCUUAAGGCAUAAGAUUUAGAAGAGUGGAUAUUGGGGGAAGGGGGAUUUUGUAUUCAAAUAUUCUUCUUUUUUUUAAAGUUUGUUUAUUUUGAUGGGGAGAGAGAGAGAGAGAGAGAGAGAAUCUCAAGCAGGCUUGAUGCUGUUAGCGCUGAGCCCAACACGGGGCUCCGUCCCACGAACUGUGAGAUCAUUACCUGGGCCAAGAUCAAGAGUUAGAUGCUUAACCAACUGAGCCACCCAGGCUCAGAUGUUGUUCUAAGUGGAAGAGUCACAGACAGAACAAAAACAGAACUUAGCAGUAAUUUUACCCAACCCUUUGGCCCUGCCACCAAUUUCCCGUGGUAUCUUGGGCAAGUUCCCUCACUCACUCUCUCUGACACCGUUUUCCCAUCUAUGAAAUGAAGGACUAGACGGAUCUGUUAAGGAUUCAUCUAGAUCUGACAUUCUGAAAGAGGAAAAAAAAAUUAAUUUAUCUUUCAACCACGUGUGAAAAUCAAGGUGUUUGCCAUCAGCAAGACAUGCUAUUGUCCCGGAGAUACGUGCCUACCAGAAGUAGGGUAGGGAUACAAAUUUAUUUCUUAGCAAUCAGUCGUUAUGGUAACUUCCCUACGUAGAAGCACAUCACCUUUCUUUUUCUUCUCUGAUAUCUUAAGUCCACUUACAGCCAUUUAGGCUAAAGAGGUUGAGCGAUUUGUGUGAAGGAGAAGGAUUUCAUCAUGUGCAAGGACUAUCGACCUACUUAAAAAAAAAUACCUAGUUUGGGGAAGGGUUUUGAAAAAUAGACAAUCUUAUACUCUGCAGAUGGGGGUAUACAUUGUUAUGGCUUUUCUGAAGGGCAAUUUUACGACACAUAAGUCUUCAAAUGUGUAGCCCUCUGACCCAUUAAACCUGGGAAUUUAUCCUAAGAAUAUUUUGUGUUUGCAAAACUUUAUGCAAAAGGAGAGCUUGUAUUUUGAUAAUAGUAAAAAGUUGGAAACAAACAUCCAACGUUAGGUUAAAUUAUGAUUUAUCCCAAAUAAAAUGGUAUGAUGCCCCCAAA